UAUUGCCACUGCCUCCACGCACAGUUAUUGCUGCUCGUUUUAAAUUCCGAAGUCUCUUCUUUUCUUAUCAGAAUUUAUCAAUGGCGACGACGGCGCUCACAGAACUCGAUGACAAAAUUGUGCGCAGCAUGGCCGUAGGCGCAGUUUUCUCAGACUUUGGUGGGAAGAUAAAUUCACUUGACUUUCAUCGGAAAGACGAUUUAUUGGUCACGGCUAGCGAGGAUGGCUCGGUCCGUCUAUACGACAUCGUUAAUGCUAAGUUGCUCAAGACCACAUAUCAUAAGAAACAUGGCACUGAUCGUAUUUGCUUUACCCAUCAUCCAAGCUCUGUUAUUUGCUCGACAAAAUAUAAUUUGGAUUCCACUGGAGAAUCUUUGCGGUAUCUGUCAAUGUAUGAUAAUCGAAUUCUCCGCUACUUUAAAGGCCAUAAAGAGAGGGUUGUUUCCCUCUGCAUGUCUCCAGUAAAUGAUAGCUUCAUGUCUGGUUCUGUUGACCACAGUGUCAGAAUGUGGGAUCUUCGUGUAAACGCUUGCCAGGGAAUUCUACAUCUACGUGGUAGACCUACAGUUGCAUAUGAUCAACAAGGCUUGGUCUUUGCCGUGGCAAUGGAAGGUGGUGCUAUAAAAUUGUUUGAUUCACGUUCUUAUGACAAGGGCCCCUUUGACACCUUCUUAGUAGGUGGAGAUAGAGCAGAGGUUUGUGAUAUCAAAUUCAGCAACGAUGGCAAAUCAAUGCUCUUGAUGACCACAAAUAACAACAUUUAUGUUCUUGAUGCAUAUGGAGGAGAGAAGCGGUUCGCUGUGAAUUUGGAGCCAUCCCCAAAUGAAACUAUGGAAGCAACUUUUUCCCCAGAUGGCCAGUAUGUGGUCUCAGGGUCAGGGGAUGGAACAAUUCAUGCCUGGGAUAUCAACAUGAGAAAUGAGGUGGCAUGUUGGAAUGCCCACACUGGGGUAUCUUCAUGUUUGAAAUGGGCUCCCCGUCGCGUGAUGUUUGUUGCUGCCUCUUCUGUACUCUCGUUUUGGAUACCCAACCCCGAUGAUCCCGCUUCUGGGGAACCUCAAUCUCAACCAAUUUCACAACCUACCCCUUCUUUCUCUUAACUUUCUUUCUUCCAGUGUUUUUAUAUGAAUUCCUCGUACAUAUCUAUUAAGCGUUUCUGUGGUUCAUUUUUGUUGAGAGAGAAGAGAAGAAUGCCAAAUGAGGGCUUUGUGGCUUUGUGCAACCACACAAUUUUGAAUUGUAACACUGUAGAAUUGUUUUCUAUUUCUAGAGAUGAAUGAAAGAGCUUCAUUUCUAGAUUCA